AUGACAAUACAGGGCCUGGGCCUAGACAACCCUGUAUUGGCGGAGGAUUUAGACUUGACGGGCCCGAUCGACGAUGAGUGGGCCGCUUUACUCUUGCCGGACGUGGACAGCCCACCUUCUCUGGUCAACGUAGCUAACACAAACUCAGUCACCUCCCAAUGCACCAACAACCAGUCCGAGCCUCUGGCCCGUAAUGAGUUUUUCGGCCCCGACAGCCGGCCUUCUUCGGAUCCGAUCAUGCUCAACUUCGGAGGCACAGAUCUGUCUCUCGAGGAUCAUCCGGUGGCUGAUGUCCGGGUCGGGCAGGCACAUGUAUAUAGGAAUGAGGAGGCUGUAGUCGUUUCGGAAGCUGGAAAAAAGCCCGACGAGGCAGCCAAAAGGGCCCAGAAUGCAAAGAGAAGUGCGGGCCGGGCUAAUAAGGGGCCGCACGUGUACGAUCAUAUAGUUGCCGAGAGGAAGAGGCGCGAGCAGCUGAGCCAGCGCUUUCUCACACUUUCCACUAUUGUGCCCGGACUCAAGAAGAUGGAUAAAACAUCAGUGUUGGGAGAUGCAAUUACGUACAUGAAGCAUCUCCAAGAGCGAGUGAAGAUUCUCGAGGAGAAAGCCACAAAGAAAAUGAUGGAGUCCGUGGUGUUCGUCAGGAAAUCACGGGCCAAUGCAGACGAAACAAAUCUCUUUGCAUCCCAAAACCCAGGCCCGGACGAACAAGCACUGCCGGAGAUCGAAGCCCGGGCUUGCGGCACCCAAGUCCUUAUCAGAAUCCACUGCGAGAAUCAGAAGGGGCUUUUGUCCCACUUAAUGAGCCAAGUGGAAAACCUCAACCUCACAAUAGUCAACACGAACAUAACCACAUUUGAAUGCUUGGCUCUAGACAUCACCAUUGUUACAGAGACGGGGAAAGAAUUCAGCUUGACGACGAAGGAAGUUGUGAAAAGGAUCCGUGCCGCGCUGGAUAAUCUCUUUUAA